CUUCAGACUUCAACUCAUGGUAAACUCUUUACAGCCUUGGAAAUAACGCCCAACUCUUCUAAACAGUACACAACACAUUUGGAUGUGCACCAGAAAUUCUCUACAUCACAUUACAAGAUAGAGCCUGAGCUCCCAGCCAAAAUGAGAUUAACCCUGCACACUGUCAUCUGCUGCUGUGUUUUCACCACUGUCCUGCCACUGGUAAAAGGUGCCAAAGGGGACCUCAACACCAGCCUGAAAAAAAGGUAUAGAGUAUGGCUGCAGAGCCGUGUGAAGAGAGACCUGCGCAACAGCUUAGUGACAGCCAAUGAGGAGUGCUCUGACACCCAUGUUGGACUACAGCAGGACAGUAACGCAAAAGUUGUCUCACCUCCAUCAAGCUUCGAGCUAAAUAUCAGACCCAGGAGGUCAACAUCAUCCAAAUCAUCCGGCUGUGCCCUUGUCACAUGUGCAUAUCAAGACCUGCUCCACCAACUGCACCAGAUUAACCAGUGGCAAAAAAAGACCACGGCCCCUGAAAGGAAGAUAGGCUCGAAAGGCUACGGCCGCCGACGCCGACGCUCAUUCCAAGAUGUCACUCAGCUUGCCCUCCAGACAGGAAGGCAAAGACGGAGCACCGAAGCUGCUUCCAAAAUGAGCUUGGCAAAUGAGACAGAAGACAAUCCCCGAAGAUCUUCACUGACAUGUCCAUGAACUGAGGAGGAACCCAGGCCACAGCGGGGGAGGAUUUUUUUCAAGAAACUGAAAUUGCUGGACUCCAAACUGCACCAAGCAGGAUCCUUUCACAAGUGAACUGAAUGUAGUAAACGGCCUGUUUAGUGCAAUUCAUACAGUAUGCACUUGGCCUAUACAUAGUUAAAAAUAUAUAAUUAUCAGCUUGUAUAUAAGGAUAUAUUAAGCCGCCUUAUAUUUAAGCAUACAACUAUAUUUUUAUACAGGUAAAAUGCAUAUCAAACAUGUCUCUUUCUGGAUUUUAACUUCAAUGAAGUAUGGAUCUUAACUGUGUAAAUAAUUAUCCUGUCUUGUAUUCUUCAUGUGAAUUAUGUCUCUAACAGAGUUGUGUCUCAUACCAAUUGCUUAAACAUAGUGAUCAUACCUUACUGGAAAUUAAUCAUAUUAGACAUGUUUUACAGAUAUUUGGAUGGCGAAAGUCAAACAUGGCAACUUAGAACAACUGCAAAGUAGUCAUCCAGUUUUUGGCCUGGCUUUGGAAGUUAUCGAAAGUGAUGGAGAGUCUCUUUUUUUGCUAUGAAGUAAAAGAACUGAUGAGCUAAUAAAAGGGUUGUGCUGCCAUCUAGCUUUACAGUAGGUAACAUGUAACAUAUGCAGGCCAAGCUGUUAAAAAUCAAUGCAGCUUCAACAAAGCACUUUCUGCAGUUAUGCUAAAUAUUUAAUCUUACAAGUCUUCAUGUGCUUCUUUAAUUGAAUGUAAUAAAUCCUAGUUUACUCAUAGUUCAGCUAAAAUUACCUGAGAUGAUUUAUGUCUUGUUGUGGUGAACAUGGCAGGAACGGUAAUAGUUCCCAGCUGGCUGUGGUGUCCUUGUAUUUGAAAUAAAUGAAUGAAUGCAACAAUGAAAAGAUCUUCAAGCAACUUCGACAUUAUUUGGUUAUCAAAUAUUCUGCUUGUGCAUGCAUGUGCUAGUGUUAGGAAACUCAUAGGCAACAGCAUAUGUGCCUCCUCAUUUUAUGACGGUAUGUGUGAGUUAAAAAAACGUGCAAAUGUGUGAACCAGUGGUGUACAUUCCCUUCUAAAAAUAAUACAUGGUUUAUCAGCUGCACUCUGUCAAAGAAACGCAUGCACUGAAAUUAAAUUUGUCUUGGGUCGACAUUCCUAAAAUUGAGUAAACACAGCUCUUCACAAAAUGAAUUAUCUUUUGGCAAAGACAAUCCAAGUUUUGAUGGGUUCAGAGAAAAAAGCAGCGUGCUCCUCGUCAAACCAGGAACACUCAAAUGAGGACGAAAUACAGAUAUUAAUCACUAUGGAAUUUGACCUCGACUGAUAACAUGCAGAGCGGUCACACUGUCCUGAAAUUACUAACAAUUUCACUAUAAAUCUGGUUACUGUCAUUAAAACAUCAAAUCCUCCCCCCACUGGAAUAAGUAGGUUAUUGUGUUAAAAAAAAGGAAUGUUUUUUAAGUCAAAUGCUUGUUUGCAAAGAAAUUUUAAAUAAAGAGUACC